CGUUUCCAACAAACAAUGGCCACCAAGCCUUCUCUCGCAGCCGCAGAGGACUUUCUGUCCUUUGUGAAUGCCUCGCCCACACCAUUCCAUGCUGUCAAAUCAGCCGUCGAGCGACUGGAGAAGGCCGGCUUCAAGCAAAUCAAGGAACGAGACUCGUGGGCGCCCUCCCUGCACCCCGGCGGCAAAUACUACCUCACCCGCAACGCAUCCUCCAUCGUCGCCUUCGCCAUUGGCCACAAAUGGAAGCCGGGAAACCCCAUCUCCAUGAUCGGUGCGCAUACCGACUCGCCGUGCCUGCGCCUCAAGCCCGUGUCGAAGCGACAGGGCGACGGCUUCCUCCAGGUGGCGUGUGAGACGUACGGCGGCGGUCUCUGGCAUACCUGGUUCGACCGCGAUCUCAGCAUUGCUGGCCGGGCCAUGGUGCGGACAAAAGACGGCAACAUCGAGCAACGGCUGGUCAAGGUGGAUCGCCCCAUCCUGAGGAUACCCACAUUGGCCAUCCACCUCGAUCGCCAGGAGACGUUCCAGUUCAACAAGGAGACGCAGCUGUUCCCUAUUGCCGGCCUGGUGGCAGCAGAGCUGAACCGCCAAGGCAAGACCGAAGAGUCCAAGGACGAGGCUAAGGACGCAGACAAGGAUGGCUCAUACGAGCCGCUUGCCGCCGCAACAACCAGGCAUCAUCCCUACAUUGUUGACAUGAUUGCCGAGGAAGCGGGCGCCGAAGCGGGCGAUAUCGUCGACUUCGAGAUGGUCUUGUACGACACGCAAAAGUCGGUCAUCGGCGGUCUGAACAACGAGCUCAUCUUCUCUCCCCGCCUCGACAACCUGAUGAUGACCUACUGCAGUGUCGAGGGUCUCAUCAAGAGCUUGUCAUCUUCGUCGGCGUUGGAGAACGAUUCCACAAUCCGACUAGUUGCCUGCUUUGACCACGAGGAAAUUGGCUCCCGCUCUGCACAGGGAGCAGACUCGAACCUCUUGCCUGCCGUCAUCCACCGUCUGAGCGUGCUUCCAGCUUCCGAGAGCAACUCGGACAAGUCGUACGACAAGGUUGAGGCGGAUACGGCUACUGCGUACGAGCAGACGCUAGCCACAUCCUUCCUCGUCUCCGCCGACAUGGCUCACUCCGUACACCCCAACUAUCCCGCCAAGUAUGAGUCCCAACACAGGCCCGAGAUGAACAAGGGAACCGUCAUCAAGAUCAAUGCCAAUGUUCGCUAUGCCACCAACUCGCCAGGUAUUGUCUUGCUCCAGGAGGCAGCGCGUCGGGCGAAGCCUGCUUCGUACAGCAUGUCGUCGACCAAGGAAGGAGUUCCGCUGCAGCUUUUCGUGGUUCGCAACGACUCGUCGUGCGGUAGCACCAUCGGUCCCAUGUUGUCCGCGGCAUUGGGAGCUCGUACCCUUGACUUGGGCAACCCUCAGCUCAGCAUGCACAGCAUCCGCGAGACGGGUGGAGCGCACGAUGUGGAGCACGCCGUGAACUUGUUUGAGAGCUUUUACGAGAACUAUGAGGAGUUGGAGAAGAAGAUUAUUGUAGAUUGACUGGAUCGAUCCAAGUUGUAGCAAGCAACGCUGUUGCAGAGGACGGUGUAGAAUAUGAAUGAAUGAA